UGUCAGAACCAGAAUCUGAAAGAUGACCACUUCCAGCAGCCCUGUCUACUGCCCUCUCAUCCAGGCCAUGGUGAACGUAAGCGUGCCAUCCAACUCCUCGGCCAGGGUGGGGGCUUUGAGCCUGGUUAUGGUGUGUCUCCACGGCCUGGUCUCCUCCUUCGCUAUCCUGGAGAACCUCCUCAUCCUGGGGGUGGUGGGCUUCCGUAUCCGCCGCACAGUCAUCAGUGUUUGGAUCCUCAACCUGGCUGCCUCGGACCUCCUUUCCACAGCCUCCCUCCCCUUCUUCACCAUCUUCCUGGCCCGUGGAGGCACCUGGACCCUAGGUACCACCUUCUGCAAGCUCCACUCCUCCGUCUUCUUCCUCAACAUGUUCGUCAGCGCCUUCCUGCUGGCAGCCAUCUCCCUGGACCGCUGUCUGGUGGUGCUGAAGCCCGUCUGGGCCCAGAACCGGAGGAAUGUACGCCUGGUCGGAAGAGUGUGUGGGGUCAUCUGGGCCAUGGCAAUACUCUGUACGCUACCGUACUAUCUGUUCCGGGAUACUAUUCGCCGACAUGACGGGCGGGUCAUGUGUUACUAUAACUUCGUCCAGUACUUCCUUGUUAGGGAGUUUGACCUAAGAGAGCUGUGUGAGGCUCGCCAGGAUGCCCUGGCCUUCUCUAAGCUCCUCCUGGCCUUCAUACUCCCCCUGGUGGUCAUUGUGGGGAGCUACGUGUUGGUUAACAUUGGUAUCACGCGGCGUGGCCUCAGAAGGCGCUCUUUCCGCUUUGUGCGGCUAGUGGUAGCGGUGGUAGUGAGUUUUGUGGUCUGCUGGGCUCCGUACCACAUCUUCAGCGUACUGGAGGCUGUAGCCCAUUACCAACCCUCCCUCCGGGGCCUCGUGUCCCACUGCCUGCCCCCCGCCGCCAGUCUAGCCUUCCUCAACAGUGUGCUAAACCCCAUCCUCUAUGUGUUCAGCUGCCCGGAUUUGUGUGGUAAGAUCAGACAGUCUCUGGGAGCGGUGCUUGAGAGCGUGCUGGCGGAAGACCUAGGGGAGUUCUCACGGCGACGCAGCACCCAACACUCCUCUAUCGGUGCUUUAUAG